UUAAGCAGGUGUAUGUGUCUUCGCAUUUCCGGUAUAUAUCUGAAGAGGAACGACUCUGCCGAUUUGACAUUAAAUCUAAAUUUAGCGGUGGAACAUGUUAAGAGUUCACAUAAUGUAUUAGAAAUAAUAUAGAUGGUAUUACGAUUCUGCAUUAGUUUGUAAAAGCUGGAUUGCGGGUUACCCCACAUUAUUUUCACGGGCAAAGCUAAAGCUAAAGCUAGCAAGCGGCGUGUAGGUAGUAGGGGCUAGUGUACAGAAAAGACACCUUUGUCCGUGUUAACGUAGCUAUCAAGUCAUGGCCACUCGGCGUCUGACAGAUGCCUUCUUGUUAAUGCGGAACAAUGCAAUCCAAAACCGGCAGAUAUUGGCUGAGCAAGUGAGUACAAACGACCCCCGUCUGAGUACACGUAGCAAUGCUGCGGAGCUUGAUGAGUUGGCUGAUGAUCGGAUGGCGCUGGUGUCAGGAAUCAGUCUGGAUCCUGAAGCGGCCAUCGGCGUCACCAAGAAGUUGCCCCCCAAAUGGAUAGAGGACAUUGAUGAGAUCCAGUAUGAAAUUUCACGGGUUCGACAGAAGAUGAAGGACCUGGCUUUACUUCAUGACAAGCACAUGAAUCGGCCCACACUGGAUGACAGUAGUGAAGAAGAGCACGCCAUAGAAAUCACUACACAGGAGAUCACACAGAUGUUCCAUAGAUGCCAGAGAGCUGUAACAGGCUUGCAGUCUCGCUGUGGCCACUGCACUGAGCAGGAAGAGAGACUAUUGAGAAACGUGGUCUCAUCUCUGGCACAAAGUCUGCAGGAGCUGUCCACCAAUUUCAGGCACACACAGUCCAGCUACUUAAAACGAAUGAAGAAUCGUGAGGAGCGAUCGAAGCACUUUUUUGAUGCGGGGCCUCUAAUGGAAGAGGACGAAGAGCUAGCUGUGUAUGACAAGGGCUUUACAGAUGACCAAUUGAUGUUGGUGGAGCAGAACACAGUCAUGGUUGAAGAACGAGAGCGAGAGAUCCGACAAAUAGUUCAGUCCAUUUCAGAUCUGAAUGAGAUUUUCCGGGACUUGGCCAGCAUGGUGGUGGAGCAGGGCACCGUCCUUGACAGAAUCGACUUCAACGUGGAGCAAGCGUGUGUCAAAACAGAAGAUGGCUUAAAACAGUUACAAAAGGCAGAGCACUAUCAGAAGAAAAACAGGAAGAUGCUGGUCAUUUUGAUCCUCUUUGUUAUAGUCAUCAUUCUAAUAAUUAUUCUCUUUUCAACCAAGUUUAAGUCUUAAAAUUACAUUUGUUCUCUGUGUGAGUGUUUCUUGUGGAAUCUGUGGACCUCUGCCCAAACAAAGCUGACAGCCUUUCACACCAUACGUCGGUUUUCUGGUAUGCUCUAGGCUGUACGGAGAUUUUAAUUUUUUUUAAUCAAUGUUACAAUCAGCAGUAUAUUUGAGUUGUGGUUGCUUAUGAUGUGACUGGCAUCUAAAUUGCCUUGGCUUAUACUUGACCAUGUUGGCAUAGCUGUCUGUCUUUUAUCAAGAGUGAAGACUUUAUGGCGUGUAUAGAUGGACAAGCAUGUUACAUUGUUUCUUUAAGGCAGGGUGGUUUCUGCUUGAUUUCAAUGUGAAAAAUUGGGUGAAAAUGCAUUCUAGACCUAAGACAUUUUAAGAGAAACAUGUAAUGGGGAUUAUGGAUAGUUUUGGCACAGUAUUUUCUUGCCAAAAGACAGUGUUGAUCAUUCUCUACCUAAAUAUUCCUAUGGUUAAAGGACCACCUGCUGAUCAUUUAAUCUUUUUACGUUCUCAUUGAAUGAUAACACUGUAGUGUUUGGAACUACCACUGCUUGCCUGACGAGGAUAGGCAGCUGGCCCAUAAUUUUAGAUUCACCCAUUUAACACCUGCUGCUCUUGUCAAAAAUGAUUGAAACCGUUUUGUUUUCAUGGUUCUUGCAUUAAGUGAUGUUUUUUUUUGGUUUAUUUUUUUAAACUGCAGUUUGCACAUACUUGAGGCCUGAGCAAAAGGAACGUGUUAUGAACGUAAUACUACUGUCAUCUGUAUGAUGAAAAGAAUUAUUUAUUUUUAAAAACUACAUAUAACUAAGGUGGUUUGUGUCCUGCAGAAUUACCUUAUAUAGGUGAAACCUGGUAGCUUAAAUCAAAUAUUGUUCACCACUCCACUAAGGAAACUGAUCCACAAGCAGCUACAUACAGACAGCAUUAUGCAUUUUAUUCUGGUAUUAUGAUCUUCUUGCUCUGAAAAGACUGAUAUGCUGAGAAGAUGAAGAGCUUUAUUUGACAUGUGUACGCCGGCCAUUUAUUUUAUUCAUGUUUUACACACCAUCUCAGUCAUUGAUGUGAAGCUGUGUGUGAAAAAUGUCCAAGUGGUACUCUUCAUGAGUGGAGUGUUUUUUUGUUUUGUUUUUAAAUAAACCUGGGACAUG